AGAAUUGAAAAAAGAUGUGAUCGGUAUUUUGAUAUUUUUAUGUAAAUAGAUAUACAUUAUGGAGACUGUAUAAUGUGGUAUUUAUACCUUACUAUAUUAGGAUGGUAUUAUGACUUUAAAAUUAAUUACAUGUGAUUAACUGAUGAUACGGGAGUGUUCGCUAAAUACGCAUCAGCAAGUUCAGUGUUAAGCCGAAAUGUACCAUUAAAGGUGUGAAUAGGAUCCUCUAUACUGAGAUAGAUAAAAUAUAGUUCAACAUCUUUAUUUUUUGUUUCUUUCACACAUUUUAAUAUCAGGGGCGUUACCAUAAAAUAUUUUUUUAAUAACUGUUUCUUGUGAUAGAAUGUUUAUGAAAAGGAGUAUGAAGUGGUAAAUUUGUGCGACAAAACUUGAAAAGUGAAAAAAAAGUGAUUAUAAAAUAAUAUUCACAUAUUGAAACUGUGAUGAUAUGUCAUGCUAUAAUACAUGUAUGUAAUGGAUAAUAUGUGGAUUUAAAUUGUAAAUGAGGGGAAUAUGUAGGUCUCGAAAUAAAUUGAAUCGUUAAAAUAGCAAAAACCUAAUACCGGGGAUGCGUAUACAGUGGUAAAGUUUGUUUUAUGAUGAAUGAGUGAAGAUCUUGUUUAUUUCGUUUUCACAUGCAAUGCAAAUGAUAUUAAAUUCUUUUUCUCAUUUUGCGUAUUCAUUUGAGUGAAAAGAUACUGUUUUUUAAUAGCUUAAUUAAAUGAACAAGAUCUGAUGUACAUUACUUCAGGGGAAAUUUUGUAAAACAAAUUAAAUGUGCAGUUUUGCAGUUUGUAGAUGCAUGAAUUUUACAACAAAACUUGUCAGUGUCAUCAUUUAUAUGUAGCGAGAUUUCCGGGGAAAUUCAGCUAAUAAAGGAAUAUUUUGUCUGGUAAGGCAGAUGACGAAUAGAAAGAUAGAAGUUGAUGGAAAAAUGUGCAAAAAAUUGAUCUCUUACAAAGGAAUUAGUUGAACAAGAUUCCUUAUGAUUGAUGCGAUAUUGAAAAACAGAUAUUAAGUGCGUGUCAUGCAAUACUUUCUGUUGACAUCGAAUGUUUUUGCAAUUUUGCGGAAUCAUUUUGCCGAAUGAUAGAAAAAAAAUUCAUGCAAAGGCUUGAAAGUUAAAUUUCGGUGAAACUUGUGUCAAAAUUUUAUCAUUUUACUAAUGCAGUGAUGAAAGGCGGUGUUUCAUUGAAAUUGAUGAAAUCGUAAAAUAGGACUAAAGUAAAAUAAUGGUGUUUUAAGUUUGAGGAGAAUUCUUCAUGUUAGCAAGAGGUUAUAGUUUUGAGGAGUCAAGUUGGCGAGACAUGGUACAAGAAGUAUAUCGUUGCUAUAGCAACACGGAGCAGGUUGAAAACCUUCAUAAUAUUCAUGUACAUCUCUGGAAUUACCAUAAAGACUGGAGACGGUCUAAAUCGGCCUUGAAAAAGUUGCAAAAGCUUUUCAACACUGUUAGAUUUGUAACAAGGUUAAAACCAUGGAAUGUUCACUGAAAAUUUACUGACUGAAUAGCGAACAGUGCGGAAUAUGCACGGAGGUGCCGGCUGAUCUUGGUCUGCACUCAGGUCGCAAAGGCAGACUAUCUUGCCGCUAGCAUGCUAAAGUUUCAGUGAGAGUUAUUUCACAGUGAAAGGUGCAGCGCUGAUCCUGCCACAAAGUGAUGAAACAGCGUACACACGGAAAGUCACAAAAAGUCAUGCAGGGGAUGAUAUCCAGAGCCAUCUACAGGCAAUGUUCAGUGUACUCCGCCCAAUGGAUACCAUCAAAGUGGCGGUAAAAUUGGAGGGGACCCAUACUCGCUAUCUAGUUGUUGUGUCAUGCAUAGGUCGUCAAGAUACCGAGGAGUCUGUCAUCCUCGGCAUGGACCUGCUAGAGAAAGCCACUAUAGGUCUCAUACUUCCUGUCUGGUCUCACAUGCAUAUCCAGCUAGAUGGUGAUGGUGGUUUCUCAAUCCAGUCAGACAAAAGUAUACAUUUCUUCAAACCAGUAUCAGUUCAAGCCAUGUGGUCAGCAUUACAGAGUUUAAACAAAGUUGUGAAGAUUGCAAAAGACAGAUUAUACAUUCCAAGGGGACUAACUCAUACCUGGAUUGGAUUUUAUGAGGCAAAGUUAACGUCAGAGGCCCUCCUUGUUUCAGAAUGGAACGCCACUACUGACAUUGAUAGAUCAUAUAGAACAGACAAAAAUCUUGCAGCACAAAUCUCAGGGAGAGCAGUUAGACGAACGAUGUCGUCACCAGUUGGUAGAACCGUGUCACUUGAAUCAUCAUGUGAAGAAGAUAUAUACAAGCUGAUUCGACUUGAACUGAAGAAUGUCAUGAUGACGGUAGAUCUCGAGGAAGUUACCUGUUUAUUUUUGAGGAGAGCUGUAGAAGAAAAACUUGGUAUGGAUCUCAAAAAGUACAAGAGCUUCAUUGAUACUGAGAUGAUGGAAAUCCUCGGUCAGAUGGACUCACCGUCCAAAAUCCUCGACCAUCUUUAUCUCGGGUCAGAAUGGAAUGCUUCAAAUCUAGAUGAACUUCAGCACAAUGGAGUACAUCAUAUACUGAACAUCAGUAGAGAGAUUGACAAUUUUUAUCCCGGAGUUUUACACUACAUGAAUGUAAGAGAAUGGGACGUGGAUCAAUCUGACUUGCUCAAGUAUUGGGAAGACACCCAUAGAUACAUCAACAAAGCACGGAGACGAGGAAGUAAAGCCCUAGUCCAUUGUAAGAUGGGUAUAAGCAGAUCUGCUUCUACUGUGAUAGCCUACCUCAUGAAAGAGAAUAAAUGGUCUCUGCAGAAAGCGUAUGAAUUUACCAAGUCGAAACGCAAUAUCAUCAAUCCUAACCCUGGCUUCAUGAAACAGCUGGAAAUGUAUGAGGGAAUACUCAAUGCAAAUUGGAACAGAGAGAUUUUUAACCGUCAUGCUCCAGUGAAGCAGAUGAGUCCUACAGUAGAAAUGGAGGAAACGGAAGGGGUGCAGUGUUACUCCAAUCCAGAAGAUAUUUUAGCUGUCAAAAUGGGCAAAGCCUCAAGUGAUCCAGGUGAAUUACCCUUUAUUCAUGUUGAGCAAGAUAUUGAACUUGCUUCAAGAAGUGCUGACUCUACUGAAGACUCACUACCGGACCAGCUUUCACCAGACGCUGCGGGCAAAAGUGGGAAGAAAAACUUCAGAUAUUCCAAAUCAGAAGGUGAUCAAGCAGAAAGUGAUGACUACAUAAGUGCCAGUAGUACAGAAUCAGUCUAUACCAGUAGUGACAAAAUGUCAUCAGAUGAUGAAGCAGAAAAUGACGAUGAUAAUGACGAUAAAAAGAUUGCAGGCGAUAGAGAAAGCAAAGUUUUUGUUCCAAUAAAUAUACCAGACAUUCAUACAGAUACUGUUUAUGAAAGACAGAAAGAUGUUAAAGUAGAAACCAGGAGGUGUAAAUUGGAAGGGGAUAAACAUGUAUUAGGUUUGGAUGAGAAAUUCUCACGUGAAGGGUCUGUUUCAAAGUUUAGACCAGAUGGAAGUUGGAUUAAACCAGAAUCUGAAAGUGAAACUGAAAAUAAUGAGAUAGUUGAAAGUGAAAUUGAUGCUGAAAUGCAGGUUGAGGCUGAUAGGAUGGAUGAUGGAGGUGGACUUUGGAUGGAUGCUAAAGGCAACGGCAGUACAGAAGACAAAAUGGAAGUUAGCACUGAAGAGGAUAAUAAAACUGAAGAUGUUGCAUCUGAGAACAAACAUGAAAGCUCUGAAAAUAUGCAAACUGUUCAUCAAAGUACUACUGAUCCUUAUGUAAGGGAAAAUAUUCCAUGGAAUCCAGGACAGGUGCUGAAACAGAAGAAGGAUAUAGAGGAUAAAUAUGGAACAUCUGUAUCAAAAGUGAAGAGAGAAUCUUUAGAAAGUAGUGAGGAAAAAUCACAAGAAGUCAAAUGUUCUGAAACUCCUAUGGAAACGGAAAAAGAGAUUACAGUUGAGCAAACCAGUCAGACAACAGAAAAAGAUGCCAAGGCUGUGUCCCAUGUAAAAUCGAAAGAAAGUUCACUUCAGACUGACCAGUCUGUGAAAAUUGAAAUUGAUCGAGGAUCAGAAAGUUCAAAGGCUUCUCCAGAAAUGAGGAAGUCGGUGUAUGAAGAAGAGGAAAUAGACCUUCCCGAGGGUAUUGUCAGAAAAACAACAAUGGAAAUAGAGGAAAGGAACAAAAGUACAUUAGACAUUCCAAGUAGAAAUCUGAAAAGGUCUUCAAGUUUGAAAUCAACAAGAGUUACACCAAAAGCAAAGGAUCGUGACAAUGAGCGCAGGAAAACUUGCAUAGCUCUGCUGUCCCCCACUCACCCUGAUUACACAGUGAGAGAACAAUCAGACCUGUUUUCCGUAAGCUCAAAUGCUGAGUUAUCAGGUGCAGAAAGUGAUCCGGGUCAGGCAGGUGCUGCCGUUAGUCUUGCUUCUGAUGACACAGAAGAGGAAGUUAAUAAUCAGACUGGUUCAGUAAAAGUUUAUAAGUUUAUGGGUGAAGAGUUGACUGUGCAAGAAGGACUGGUUCGCAAACAGACAAUGGACAUUGAGAGUAAAUCACAAGAGCCGCUAACCAAACAACAAUCUAAGUCUGAUGUGGGGUCAAGUUUUCAGGAAUAUUGUUCUCAUUCAACAGACACUGCUGUGGAUUCUAAACAACCUAUCAGUGAUUCAAAUUUAAAACAUGCUGAGAAAUCAAGCACAGAACAGAACAAAAAUAAGAAAACUGAAAAUGAUUCAAACAUUAUUUCAGACACAUCAACUGAAAAGUUAGGUAAAGCUGAAGUGAAAGAUGUUUAUGAUAAAUCAGAUGUUGAAAUUACUUUACAGAAAGGAAGAACUUGCUCAUCUUCUAUGUUUACUCCAGUAAAAAAGCAAGCCCACCCAGAAAGUAGGUUUGACCCUGAAACUUUAGAACUGAUUCGAGAGAUUGGAUCUGCAUUAUUGAAUAGUCCAGCUAAAUCUGAACUUGAAGAAAAUGAAAACACAGACUUAAAAGAGGGUGAAAGUUUGGUCAGUCAUUAUGUUAAAAAGAUUGAAAGAAUAUCAGGGGUUGCUAAACGGAAACGAGGUAAAGAGAUUAUAAUUAUAGACAAAAAUGACUCUGUAGAAGAAAAGAAAACUGAUCCAAGAAGCCCCUCUGGUAAAACUUGCAUGACUAAAAGUUCUUCAGACUGUGAAAACAAACCUGGGACUUUAAAAUGGAGUCCCGUUGCAAGAAAACAGUCUUUAACUUCUCAGUGUUCAAAGGAAAUAGAAGAACAGACAUCACCUCCAAAUAAAUCAGCAAAUCCAAAAUGGAGUCCAGUUUCGAAAAAAAAUUCAUUAGCUGCUAUAGAGAAGCAAUCCCCAGACUUCACAAUCAUAGACAAAACUAAUAAAACAGCUAUGAAAUCUGAAGAAAGCCAUAUCGAUAAAUCAGAUUUGUCACUGAAGCUCAAAUCAGCAGUUUCUACAGAUACAGAUUCAGAUAAAUGUAAAGAAACUGAAAAAGAAGAAUCAGAAGUUUGUUCUGUUAAAAAAUUGUUAGGAAAGUUUGAACAACCAGAGCAGGUCUCUGGUAAAGUGACGCCAGUUUUUGGGUCUCCCAGCGUGUUAAGUCCAUGUUCAAAUACUCAGUGUUUUCCAGGUGCUAAAUCAGAUUCUUCAAACAGCAAUGCAUCCAGUCCCCCUUCAGCUUGUAGUUCACAUUCCUCUGGAUCAGAGGUCAAAGGUCAAGGACAUUUAUUCUCCAGGUCAAAAUCCCCAUUACUUCAUAGACAGUCGGAGCCAGUGAUUAAUUUAAGCGAAAAAUCAAUGGUGAUGUUUGAAUCUAAAUUAAAAGAAAUGGGUUCUAGUUUGUACGAUAGAUCCCCAGUAAAAGAAGAAAGCGACACUGAUGAAUUAAAGGCAGGAAGUGGUCAAGGAGAUGGUCCAGCUGCUCGACCAAAAUCGGCAAGUUACGGGCCGGCAGCUGGAAGAAGGGUAAAUCUCCAUCAGUCACAGUCGGAAGAUCAACAAGGGUUUACCUGGGAAGGAAAGAAAGUGAGAAAGUUGUAUGGAAAAACUCAUCCUCUCGCAAAAUUGGAAGGCAGAAAAUACAAUGAUUCAACACGCAAAAGUCCAUUUUAUAAUACUAUGUAAUUUCAUUAAAAAUUACCACUUUUUGCUUAGUGAAUAGUUAUUUAAAAGCAGCUUAUAUAAGUUUAGAAAUGCUCAAAGACAAGGGUCACUAAUAUAGAUGUAAUCAUAUCAAAGUGGAGUUUUGUAUAAAUUUCGAAGGGAAAAAUGAUGUAGAUUUUUGUAAACUGGUAUGAAAUCUUCUGAGAUUACUGUAAGAUUAUCAAUAUUUGCAAGGACAAAUUUUCGUGGUUUAGUCAAUCCAUGUAGUUAAAUCCCAUUGAACCAGUAAAAUCCCUUUCAUUUUAUGUAGAAAGGUCAGACUCCAUGAAAUUAUGUCCCCAUGAAAAAGAUAUAUUGGUCAAAACCACAAAAUUUCAUACCCACAAAAUUAAAUGAUGUUACAGCAAGUGAAACUGAAAACUUAAAUUUCAUUGAUAUGUAACCCGCUUAGUAUGAUUAGAUAUGUAAUUCAAAACUAAUACCCAAUAAUUGACAUGUACUACUUUGUGAUUUGUGCUUUUCAUAGCAUAAUAUCAGAUGUGGUUUUCUUGUGUGAACAAAAUUUUAUGCAAUUUAAAAACAGUAAUAAUGGUUUAUCCGUAAAUUCUCCACAUAAAUGUGUUCAAAUCUUCAGUUUUUACACAGACUCUUUUCACAAAAUAAUAAAUAAAAGCUUUAAAUAAUUGAAAAGUAAUUCCUCUUGAACUUUUCAGAUUUUUACAGAUUACGGUAAUUAAAUUUCUUCCAAGAGUAACGUUUCAAUCUCUUGGUAAGAUUUUGGCAUCUUACUUUUCAAAAGCUUACUUCUAAUUUUUUGCAUGAAAUUAUUACAUCUUCAUUUUAAACAUUAAGAGGUAAUUAAAAAAAAAAACUGCAAUGAAAUGCAUAAUUCACUCAGUAAUUUUGUGACAUGUGAUACUCAAUAUUACAUUUAAUAAACAUACCCCUGUACCACAUCACAUAAUGUAAAUUUUGUUAUUCGUAUUAAAGUGCUUUCAUUCCAUUUUGUUAUCUAGUGUAGUGAUACAUGAUAUGUCUGUUCUGUUAACUAGUGUAGUGAUAUACAUUGACAUUUUUAAUAACUACUCAAUUUUCAAAAGUUUUAUUACUCAUUGUAACUUUAGUUAUAUGUAUACUCCCAUUUACAGUGUUGUGUUGUUUUACUGACCUGAUAGACUUACCUUUGCUAAGGCAUAGUACUGUUUAUUCUUGCACUUCAAUUGUUGAAUUUUAUGUAAGAAUAUCUGUUUUUUGUAGAUACUCAAAGUUAUGCACACCUGGUAGGCAGGCAUCAGUUCUUUAAGUACAAAUCUCAGUGCCAUAAAAUCCUCCUUAAUUGUGCUUUAUUAAAAAAUUCACUGUACCGUUUUUCUCAGACUGUUGAUAUGAGUCUAAGAGAAAAAAGUUCGGUAUUUUGGUGUUGGUAUAAAAAAAGAUUGACUGAAGUAAGUCAAUGCUAUUAUACAUUUUAACAGACUUUUUAAGUCGAAGUACAUUGGACCUUCUUUUGUUUGUAAUUUUGGACAAAGUUCUAUAAAAAAAAGAACAGGUCAAAAACUAUCAUGAGAAUAUAGUGCGAAAUCUUCCCCAGUCUCGUGUGAAGAUACCUUCUUUGUAUUUUACAUUGUUGAUUAAAGUGAUGGGUUUUUUCAUGAGAAAACAGCCAGUUGCAGUGAUACAAAGUUUGAACAACACUGUUAAUAACUGCAUAUAUAUCUUUUAAUGUGAUAAUAAAUUGGUUACAGGAGUUGUCAGUAAGGUGCAUAAUUCUGUCCAAAUUUAGAAGAUAGAAAUAUUAUUUUAGACAUGCUAAUCUCCCAUUCAGGUCAAUAAAACAAGACAAUGACUUGUACUGAAGCAUUUUUUACCAAUGUGUAGUUAAACCUCUUGUGUAUACACGUCUACCAUACCUUAGUCUUUCUCCUAUAUGUUUGUGUAGUUGAACAUGUUUUAAUUAAAAAUCUAGGGCUUUUAUCUUCAUAUGUAAAAAUUGUAGGAAAUCAUGACAUUGCAAUACAAUUUCAGACUAUGUUUGUAGUAUACUUCAGUUGUUUUUAAGAUAUCAUUUUAAACUAUUUUUACUAAAAUUUUGACUGUGCAUAGUAAUCAUUUGCUCCCAUGAACAAUUCUGCCUUUGUAGUGAUUUUUUUUCUCUUGAGUAAGUUUUGUUCCUAUGGGUAAUUCUUUUUCUCUUGAGUAGCUGUUUCUCUUUAAAGUUAUAGUUGUUUUCUUCAAAGAUUGUUGCUCUAUAGAGAAAUUGUUAUUCUCUUGAAUAGCUGUUGCUUUACAGAGCAUCAGAUGUUCUCUUGAAUAGUUGUUGCUCUGAAGAGUAAUGGAUGUUCUCUUGAAUAGUUGUUGCUUUAUGGAGUAUCAGAUAUUCUCUUGAAUACCAGUUGCUUUGUACAUUAAUGAUUGUUCUCUUGAAAAAUUGUCGCUCUUUAGAGUAAUGGAUGUUCUCUUGAAUAAUUGUUCCUCGGACGAGUAUAUUUUGUUUUCUUGAAUAGCUGUUAUUCUUUUAAUUUCUGAUAAUACUUUAUGUUUUUUAGGUAACAUCGGUCAAAUUCCAAUGAAUUUACAUAAUUUACAUCUCAGUGUAUUGACUAAAUGUUUGUUUCCUAAAUAAUGAAUAGAAAAUUCUUUUUUAUGCACCCGGCAUCUACUGAUGUGGAAGGCAUAUAGUGAUUGUCUUGUCCGUCCAUUCGUCUGUCCGUACGAGGUUAACCAAAUGGGACCGUUUCAUCUAGCAUCAAUACCCCUUACUAGAAUGACUUGAUACUAAUGCAGAUGUAACCUGUGACCAUUCCUCAUCUUCACACAUCACCUGACCUCAGUUUGACCUUGACCUUGACCUCAUUUUGGACUUGGGUUGCUUUAUAGGGCCAUCUCUUGGUUAACCAAAUGGGACCGUUUCGUCUAGCAUCAAUACCCCUUACUAGAAUGACUUGAUACUAAUGCAGAUGUAACCUGUGACCAUUCCUCAUCUUCACACAUCACCUGACCUCAGUUUGACCUUGACCUUGACCUAAUUUUGGACUUGGGUUGCUUUAUAGGGCCAUCUCUUGGUUAACCAAAUGGGACCGUUUCGUCUAGCAUUAAUACCCCUUACUAGAAUGACUUGAUACUAAUACAGAUGUAACCUGUGACCAUUCCUCAUCUUCAAACAUCACCUGACCUCAGUUUGACCUUGACCUCGUUUUGGACUUAGGUUGCAAAAUCUAUCAACAAAGAUGCCACCGGGGGCAUCAAGCGUUUAUUGAACGCAGCUCCUUGUUUUAUGUCAAAUUUCAGUUAUCUUGAAGUAAAAUACUUCAUCCAUUGGAACUGGGGAUACCAAGUUUCAGCUGUAUAGUAUUAUGCAUUUGUUUCUUUGCAUACUCCUGUGUGUUACGUCUUCAAGUAAUGAUGCCUACAAGCAAAAUUUUUUCGUAUAUUCAGCAUUCAAAUAUGACAUAUUCCUUUUCUCAGCAUUUUCAUAAUACAUACUUUAAAUAGAGAACUGUAUUCUAAAGCAGAAACAGCAUAGAAGCAUCAAAAAGAGAUAAAGCCUUUGUCUCAAACCUCAGUGUUGACAUACAUCCAAUUUUUGAAGCAAUAGGUGAGAAUGUUUUUUAAAAGUUACGCUUUUUGUCAGCAUCAGCCUUUGUCAGAAGCUAAUAAUGAUGAUCCAUCAGAAAUUUCAGUGAAAGCUAAUAUUUGUAAGAAGUUAGAAUUACUGAUACAUCUAUUGUCUGAAUUCAAGUUAAGAUUUUGUAUGUCCUUACAAGUUUGAAUUUGUCGGUAAACAUUAUGGGCAUUCUAAAUAUAUAACUUGCAUUUAAGUUACGUUUAUAGGUGAGAGCAUUGAGGUGUUUUUUCUUCAACUCGUAUCAAGUUACAGAACGGCCAUUACAUUUGUUUUUAACUUUCCAUUGUCAGAAAUAUUCUUCAAUGUGACAAAAAGUAAAUAUUAUUAAUGAAUUCUGCUAUAAACAUUGGUCAGUAGCAGUUUGAUAUAGUAGUACAUAAUUCUGUUUUUUUAUUUUCAGUCAUUUUAAUCUUUAUCAUACCGGACACAAUUGAUUCUUCCUAUACGACCAGUGUAGAUCAUGAUCAGGCUGCAUAUCUGUGCAGUCUGAUCAAAAUCUGCACUGUUCGCUAUUCAGCCAGUAUCUUUUUGGUAAGCACCCAUUUUAACAGUUAAUGGCACUAGCCGAAUUAAAAGAUGGACAAGUUCAUUAUAGAAAUUCAGCAGGAUAAGGGUUAAACUACGUAUGUGUAUGAUUUCAGACAUGGUAAUUAUUGUUUUGUUUUAUCUAUCUGACAUUGUAAUAUUGUUAACUGAGAUUAUUUUAUGCUAACUGGUGAAAUACUGAAAAAUAUCAGUGAGAUAUUUCUCUAUAUCACUCACAGUGCUGAACUUUUUUUUUUCAGAUAAAAUUAUCUCCCUUGAAAUAUAUUCUAUAAUUAACUCCCUUUGUUGCCUUUAUAAUUGCUGGUAUCCUAUUAUUAGCCCACCAUCAUCAGAUGGUGGGCUAUUCAAAUCACUCUGCGUCCGUGGUCCGUCGUCCUUCCGUCCGUCCGUCCGUCCGUCAUUCCGUCCGUCCGUCCUUCCGUUAACAAUUUCUCGUUAUCGCAUCUCCUCAGAAACUACCAGGGGGAUUUUGACCAAACUUUGUCAGAAUGAUGUAUUGGUACCCUAGUUGUGUCCCCCUGAAAAUCAGACUGGUUCAACAAUUUUUGAAUGAGUUAUGGCCCUUUGUUUAUUUCUAUAAUUUACAUAGAUUUAUAUAGGGAAAAACUUUGAAAAUCUUCUUGUCCAAAACCACAGAGCCUAGGGCUUUGAUAUUUGAUAUGAAGCAUCAUCUAGUGGUCCUCUACUAAGAUGAUUCAAAUUAUUUCCCUGGGGUCUAAUAUGGCCCCGCCCCGGGGGUCACAUGGUUUAUAUAGACUUGUAUAGGGAAAAACUUUGAAAAACCUCUUGUUCAAAACCACAGGGCCUAGGGCUUUGAUAUUUUGUAUGUGACAUCAUCUAGUGGUCUUCUACUAAGAUUGUUCAAAUUAUCCCCCUAGGGUCAAAUAUGGCACCGCCCCGGGGGUCACAUGGCUUACAUAGACUUAUAUAGGGAAAAAACUUUGAAAAUCUUCUUGUCAAUAACCUACAACAUUCAAAUUUGGACCACAUGUAUGGUUUUGAGUGGCAAGAUGAACCUUGACAUGAGUUGACCUUGAUUUUGACUUAGUGACCUACUUCCACAUUUCUGUAGCUACAGCCUUCAAAUUUGGACCACAUGCAUAGUUUUGUGCACUGAAAAAAACUUUGACCUUGACAUUGACCUAGUGACCUACUUUCACAUUUUUGAAGGUACAGGCUUCAAAUUUGGACCACAUGCAUAGUUUUGUGUUCUGAAAUGAAAUUUGACCUUGAUUUUGACCUAGUGACCUACUUUCACAUUUCUCGAGCUAUAGCCUUCAAAUUUGGACCACUUGCAUAGUUUUGUGUACCGAAACAAACUUUGACCUUUACAUUGACCUAGUGACCUACUUUCACAUUUUUGAAGGUACAGGCUUCAAAUUUGGACCACAUGCAUAGUUCUGUGUUCCGAAAUAAAAUUUGACCUUGAUUUUGAACUACUUUCACAUUUCUCGAGCUACAGCCUUCAAAUUUGGACCACUUGCAUAGUUUUGUGUACCAAAAUGAACUUUGACCUUAAGAUUGACCUAAUAACCCACUUUCACAUUUCUUUAGCUACGGGCUUCAAAUUUAGACCACAUGCACAGGAUUGUGUACCGAAACAAACUUUGACCUUGACAUUGACCUAGUGACCUAAUUUCACAUAUAUGAAGGUACAAGCUUUAAAUUUGGACCACAUGCAUAGAUUUGUGUUCUGAAGUGUAAUUUGACCUUGAUUUUGACCUAGUGACCUACUUUAAAAAUUUCUCAAGCUACAGCCUUCAAAUUUGGACCAACUGCAUAGUUUUGUGUACCGAAAUAAACUUUGACCUUAAGAUUGACCUAGUGACCUACUUUCAAAUUUUUCAAACUACAGCCUUCAAACUUGAUGCACAUGCAUAGUUUUGUGUACUUUGUCCUUGAAAUUGAUCUAGUGACCUACUUUCACUUUUCUCAAGCUACAGCUUGCGAAUUUGGACCACAUGCACAGUGUUGUGUACGGAAAUGAAAUUUGACCUUGAGCUAGUCAUUAAGUCUUGAAAUUUGAACACUCAAAAAUGGCACAUUGGUGGGCGCCAAGAUCGCUCUGUGAUCUCUUGUUAUCAUUACAUUAAAGCCAUACAGGAGACAUGUACAGCUAGAUAAUCCUAUAUAGGACAAGCUAGCUAUAAUAAACUUUGCAAAAGAAAUAACAGUAGAUCUAAUGCGCUAGAAAUGUUACCUUGCUGUAAUGUAGCUAUAGAUACAUAUAUAGUCUUUCCUCCACUUUUCAUCGGUUCCUCACUAUCAUAUGGUAGAUUUUACUGGCGACAGCACAUUUAGUUGGUUAUUGUCUUAGUUUAUUAUCACAAGACAUCAACUCAACCUUACGUAAUAUGCCAGCAUUUCGUUGAAAUUCUUCCCCACCCAGCCAGUUGUGUUCCAAAUUCCAUCCCUAUUCGUUAUGCUAUACAGCUCCAAGACCAAUAUUUCCAUUAAAUCCAUGAUGAUAUUUAAUUCUGCAGUUAGAUUUUCCAAGGACUUUCGGAUAUUCCCCAGUUGUUUAUGUUUUUUCGGGUUGUUUUUUAAUCUGACCUUCAGUGUUUGUAAACAAAGCAAGCUUCUGGUUAUUCAACGAACUGACGGCAUUGACCGAGCAGUUUUAAAUAUGCUUACUUAACUUCUGUCUGUUGGGCGCGGAUUGUGCAUUUUUUAACAAAAUAUUUUAAAUGUAGUUUUUGUUUUCAAAAACAAAAUGGCGUCAUGUUGAUUUAACGGACCUAAUCACCAAUAUUCGAUAAUAAUGUGCCUGAGUGACCAUGGUAAUUUAGCAGAUGCAUCAUAUGUAACACGGUAGCCUAAAUAAAUCCUAAUAUCAUCAUGAAGUAUUGGUCUUAUUUGAACGUGUAAGCACGUAAUAAACAGAAAAUUCGUUGAUCUUCACCAAUUGGCAUAAAAUAAAAAGAAAAUUUGUUUGUUUGCAGUGUGAUAUCGAAAUAUAUCUUCACCGAUAAGGGAGACAAUUCUGAUAUUUUCACUUAGGCUCUUCCUUCGUGAAAAUAUUCAGUUGUCUCCCUUAUCGGUGAAGUUAUAUUUCGAUAUCACACGGCAAACAAACAAAUAUCCUCUAUAUCUUUUAUCAUAUAUGAGCUGUGGAAUGUUUUGAUAUUUUUGCUUUUUGCAUUGCUGGUAAAGUUUUUAGUUGAAAUUUUGAACUACAAGUUUGCAGGUACAAAGAUAUACUAAGUCCAUUGUUUGCUAAAAUAUUUUUCAUUAGAUAUGAUUAAAUCUGGAAAAUCCUCAUUAAAUAUAGAUAUUAAACUUGGCUAAAUUUAAUUACCUCGUGUUGAACUGCGAUCAAAACUUUGUGUUAUCUAAUUUCAAGCGUUUGUUAAAAAAACUUCCAGGUUUUUUUGUAGCAUUACAUGUUUGUUCUGUGUUCACAUAUACAUAUGUAGUACAUUUGUACUUUAAAUCUAACUUACAGUAAUAUUCAUACACACAAACCCCUUUAUUUUAUGUUUACAUAGAUCCUAUUUAGAAAUUGUUCAUAUUUUCAAACAUGAAAUUUGGGCAUGAUUUAUCUCUAAAAAAAUUAGCCUUGCCACGAGAAAACCAGCAUAGUGCAUUUGCGACCAGCAUGGAUCCAGACCAGCCUGCGCAUCCGCACAGUCUGGUCAGGAUCCAUGCUGUUCGCUUUCAAACCCUAUUGUAAUGAGGGAAACCAUUAGCCGCAAAUGCACUUUGUUGGUUUUCUCAUGGCACGGCUCAAAUGUUUUUAAUGUUUUAGGUUUUUCAUAAAAGGAAGUUUUAGAUUUUUCAUAAAAACACUGAAGAGCAUUCCCAUUUUAAAAAUAAGGCCACAGUUCAAAGCUCUUGACCUACAUGUAUGUCCCACUUGGAAUGUCACUAACAUCAGAUAAUUUGCCUUUCAACACUGUAGCUUUUAAACUCUGCAAGGGAUGUAGAACUCUUUUCUUUUUUCCUAUGAGCUUUGAUUUUUACCGAAGAUUUUUGUGCCUCAAUUUUUGCCCAGAGGGGCACCUUGGGUCUUCCACUACCAUUAAAACCUGAAAAAUCAUACUAAUUGCUUAAUAUUAUAUCACUGUGACUUCGAAUUGAACUAUAGGAACAGGGCUUACGUAUAGAUUCUCUUUACAUUACGACAGAAAUCUUACAUUUUCUCUCUCAUGGUUACUUGAAAAAGUCAAACAGGUAUAAAAAAUAUGUCCACAUACUGUCUUAAAUAUCUGAAUUCUUUUUGAGAAGUAUCAAUAGUUUGUAAGCAGACAGAAAAAGAUGUGAGACUCCAAAAUACCUUUUUACAUCUAUAGAUUAGUCCAUUAUACCAGAGUAAAAUUACAUACUGCAUAUUAAACAAAAAGUGGGGAAAAAAGCCUUAAUCAAAUACUUGAGUUCCUUAUUUCAGAAAAGUGAGAUAUGAUUAUUUUACGAUUUUUUAAUCAGUUUUAUUAGGGUUUAGUUUAGAUGUAGAUAAUGCUUUCAAGUAUUUAUAAAUGACUAACUCUACAGACUUAAUGUCUGAACAGAGAGUUUCUUUAUAUCAAUUUUAAUUGAAUGUUAUGGCUGAUUUCUUAGUACCUCACAAUUUGAACAAAUCAUUUGCAGUUAGAAUGUGUGAAUGUUUUUGUUUUUGCGUUAAUUUUAUGUUUUGGGAAACAGUAAGUAAUUUAUUUCCAGCAUGUCACAAGUUUAUUUUUGCUCAGUUUAGAGCAUCUCAAAUAUUGAAUUCUUUUUAAAACGUCCGAGUUUUUUAAGCCAGCCAGUGAAUUAUGUAAAAUGUAGACACCAGAAUAACCAUGACCGUUCCUGAAUUGUUUAAUUAAAUUGGGCAGAUUUGUAUAAAACUUAAAUGAACAAAUUUCUCAUAGUUUCAUCGAUUUCUUACAGAUAUGAAAUACAUUGGUCCCAUUAAAAAACCCACACACUUAAAACAGACCUGAUGUAUUUCAUACACAAUGAAAACACGUUCCUGAAGAGAAAAAAUUAUACAUGUCAAAUCUUCAUAUCAGUGCAACAAGUGGAGAAUUGUACAUGAAGAUGUGCUAAUCUAUAUUUUGGAAGUGUCCAGAUGAAGUAGAUCUUUCAGUUGAGGUUUAUCAAAAAAACAUAUCAGUUUGCGGAGUAGUGUUAGUCUGGCAUGCAGCCAUUACUGGUAGAUAGAUGAGCUGCGCAAAGAGAAAACCAACAUAGUGCAUUUGCGACCAGCAUGGAUCCAGACCAGCCUGUGCAUCAAUGCAGUCUGGUCAGGAUCCAUGCUGUUCGCUAACAGUUUAUCUAAUUGCAGUAAGCUUUGAAAGCGAACAGUUGGUUUUCUCUUGGUGCAGCUCAGAUGAUUGUUGUGCUGUGUCAUCUGUGUAUAACAUGUCAACAGAACUUUGAACAUUUUGUUGGUUUUAAAAUACAGAUUGUUUCUCAAAUACAUUUUAUUCAUGUGCAAUCUUUUUUUCUCUCGCAUAUUGACAAUUUUAUAUGACUAAAUAAAACUAUUUUAACACAAA